AUGAUAAAGAAGAGAAAAAAGAACCCAUAUGAAGCAUCCGCUUCAGGGUUCUAUAUAUCUAUGUCUGCUCACAAAGCGCGAAGAAUAAUUGAUCAGAUUCGUGGACGUUCCUAUGAGGAAACACUUAUGAUACUCGAACUAAUGCCUUAUCGAGCAUGCUAUCCCAUUUUUAAAUUGGUUUAUUCCGCAGCAGCCAAUGCUAGUCACAAUAUGGGUUUGAACGAAGCCAGUUUAGUCAUUAGCAAAGCCGAAGUCAACGAAGGUGCUACUAUGAAAAAAUUGAAACCUCGGGCUCGAGGACGAAGUUAUCUGAUAAAAAGACCGACUUGCCAUAUAAGUAUUGUAUUGGAGGAUAUAUCAUAUGAAGAAUAUGAAGAAGAUUUUCUACGAAGAAUAUGA